AUGGCGGAAGUAGUAGCUGGACUGCUCGCGUCCGCUUUCGUUAGUAUCGUGAAAGAUAAGCUGGGCUCUGCCAUCGCAGAUCAAGCCAAUAUGCUGUGGAACUUCGGCGUCGACCUGGAGGACAUGAUGGAUGUUUUUGAGACCAUCUCAGCUGUGCUGGAGGACGCCGAGAGGCGUUCAGUCAAGGAGAAACUGGUGCGGCUAUGGCUGAAGCGGCUCAAGGAUGUCGCCUCAGACAUUUCUGACAUGCUCGAAGACUACCAAGACACAACUGACCAAACAACUGCUAAGAUGCCAGGAGUUCUCUCAUGUCUCCCAGUGGCAUACAAGAAGAUUGCUAUGGCUAAUAGGAUGAAGAGUUUGAGAGAAAAACUGAGGAAAAUUGAAAAACAAAUUGCUAUCUUUGACAUCAAAAAGGGCAGUAAUACUAAUAAUGAGCAGCCUUAUGAUGAACGUGAAACAACAUCAUAUUUGCCUGAAGAACCAUUGAUUGGAAGGGAUGGAGAAAAGCAAGAAAUCAUAAAGCUGUUAUCUGCAAAUACCAACAACGAUGAGAUAGUGAUUAUCACUAUCUGUGGCCUUGGAGGUAUGGGUAAGAGUACUUUGGCAAAACAAGUUUACAAUGAUGCCCAGUUCAAAAUGUAUGAUCAUCGUAUAUGGGUUUAUGUGUCCCAAGACUUCAAUUUGAACAAAAUAGGAAGCUCUAUCAUUUCUCAACUACCAAGCGAAGGAGGUCCACAAAAUAUGGGAAUACAGCAGGUGAUAAACCAAUGCCUUGAAAACCUACUCCUAGGCAAGAAGGUUCUGAUUGUUUUAGAUGACUUAUGGGAGGAAAAGAUGACCGAGUUGGACAAACUGAGAAGAAUGCUUCAGGUCAAGGGCAGUAAGGUAGAUGUCGUAGUAACUACACGCAAGGAACAGAUUGCAAGGAAACUUUCCACCGGUGAACCAUACAAGCUACGACCUUUGGAAGAUGAUAUAUGUUGGGAAAUAAUUAAGAGAUCUAGCAGGUUUGAACUGAAACCUAACAAAGAAAAUAUGGAGCAAAUAGGAUUGGAUAUUGCAAAGAAAUGUGGAGGUGUGCCAUUAGCAGCUCAAGUAGUUGGAUCCAUGCUACAAAAAAUAGAUGAUCUGUCUGGAUGGAUUGAAAUAAAUAGCAGUGAUAUCUGGAAUAUAUCUUCUGAAGACAAUGAUGUGCUUCCAUCCUUGAAAUUAAGUUAUGAAAGGAUGCCACCACAGCUCAGGGUAUGCUUUUCCUAUUGUUCCAUAUUCCCCAAAGGCCAUAAUAUUGUCGGAGAUGAUUUGGCUCAACAGUGGAUUGCUCUAGAUUUUACGGAGCAAUCAAAGGCAAAGGAAUAUAUCAAGCAACUUCUGGGAAUGUCCUUUCUUCAUGUUUCAAAGUUGCCCUCGACUUCUCGAGAGCAAGUGGUGUGGUACACCAUGCAUGACCUGGUGCACGACCUGGCAAGAUGGACAAUGGAUGACAAGCUAAUAGAUUUCAACGCACAGCAGAGAAAUACACGUGGCCAGAAAUAUUGUCGCUAUUCAUUGCUAAAAAAUUAUGACCAGACAAUAAAGUUGGCAAGUAUUUUGCCUUCCAAGAUUAGGGCACUUCGCUUCUCAGAUAGUGGCAAACUGCAUAUCCAGAGUGGUGCAUUUUCAUUUGCGAACUGUCUGCGUAUUUUGGAUUUCAGUGAAUGCUCAGGUAUAUUGUUGCCAGCUUCAAUUGGCAAACUGAAGCAACUGAGGUGUCUUAUUGCUCCAAGAAUGCAAAAUGAGAGUCUCCCGGAGUGUAUCACUGUGCUAGGAAAACUGCAGUACCUAAACAUAAAUUGGUCUUCUCAGAUUUCUGCACUGCCAGAAUCAAUUGGCAAGCUUGGAUGUCUGAAAUAUCUAUGUUUGUCUGAUUGUUCUAGUAUAUCGAAACUGCCAGAAUCAUUUGGGGACUUAAAAUGUAUGGUGCAUCUUGACAUGUCAGGCUGUUCUGGGAUAAGGGAACUGGAAGACUGGCUUGGUAAGCUCAGGAAUUUGCAGCAUCUUGACUUAUCUGGAUGCUCAAGUGUAAAAGCAAUACCUGAACCGUUGUGUGGCCUCACACAACUCCAAUAUUUGGACUUAUCAUCUUGUGAAUGCCUUGAUCGGCUACCAGAAGCUAUUGGAAGUCUCAUGGAUUUACAAUAUUUAAACAUGUCAUCCUGUGACCAAAUCAGAGAACUUCCAGAGUCACUGAUGAAGCUCCAAAAUUUGUUGCAUCUAGAUCUGUCAUGCUGCACCAGCAUGCGGUACCUGGGAGAUUUAUCAUAUGUUUUGGCAAACCUCACCAAUCUCAAGUACUUGGGCCUAAGUAGUUUAUUCAGAUACGGCGGGGGUAGUAGUUAUGUCUUCCCUUAUGGGAUCGGUGGCCUUACCAAUCUGGAGCACCUGGACCUAUCUCAUAAUUUUAGUAUUGCAUCUCUUCCAGAAAGUUUUGGUAACCUCAAAAGAUUGCAUACACUGGAUCUUACGGGAUGUUCUAGGCUUAAGUCUCUACCAGAGAGUGUAGGUACACUUGGGCUGAAGACUUUAUUGCUGGAUGGGUGCUCGGAUGAACUGCUGGAUCAGGCCAGUUCCCUGGUAAAUUAUUCACAAACAUUACCACUCUUCAAGGUUCGUGCUGAUGAGUUCAAUGGUUGCAGCAAUCUUCCUCUGCUCGAGGGCGCCCAUGUCAGUGAGUUAAGAAUACGUUGUCUUGAAAAUGUAAGGUCUCUAGAAGAAGCAACUAAAGUUAAGUUGUCAGGCAAACAUAAUCUCUCGGAGUUAACAUUGGCUUGGUCGACUGAGCGUGCGGAACAAAUUUUGGAGGACAAAGAUUUGUUGGAACAACUAGUGCCACCAACUGGUUUGAAGAGCAUGUGCCUCCAAGGUUACAGCAGUACAAGCUUUCCAGGCUGGCUCAUGUGCAUUUAUCGUCACCUCAUAAACCUUGUUUCUAUCGAACUCAGGGAGAUGCCUACGUGUAGCAGCCUGCCACCACUUGGGCAGUUACCACACCUAGAAAAUCUGGCUCUCCGGGAAUUGCCUGGCAUUAAAAGAAUCGACAGUGAAUUUUGUGGUGGCAAAGGAGCAUUCCGUCGAUUGUCAUCCUUCCGAGUCAUACAUAUGCAUGGCUUGGAGGAGUGGAACACAACAUACUGUGUUGAGGAUGGUGUGGAGGAGUUCAUGUUCCCUGUGCUGGACCAUCUGCUGAUACAACAUUGUCCGAGGUUAAGGUUGAAGCCAUGCCCACCAACAUUUCGUGAUUGCAUUAUAUAUAAGAGCGACCAAGUUAUUUCAUCAUUGGAGGAGGUAGACAUAACCAGUCAUCACUGCUCUUCCUCUAGUGGGGCCAUCACAUUGAAUUUGACUAUAAAGGACGACUCCAGCCAGAGCAUCAGGCUAUUCCACCACUUCCCUGCCCUCCGAGAGUUGACAAUCUUUGGAGGUCACCUGACAAACGUGCCGGAAAGCAUGCGGCACCUCACUUCCCUUGAGUCGUUGUCGUUGCAAUGUUGCGAUAGCAUAUCAGCGCUGCCAGAGUGGCUGGGCGACCUCUCCUCUCUUAAAAGCCUAGUCAUCUAUGAAUGUCCCGAGAUCAAGUCGUUGCCUGCAUGCAUACAGCAACUCACCAAGCUUCAGACGCUGGAGAUAAGUUAUUGCACGGAACUGGAGAAGUGGUGUGAAUCAGAAGAGAACAAGACGAAGCUGGCUCACAUCAGCAAUGUUCGACUAACAAUUGGUACCAGAGCCAUCGAUUCUCGGUUCCUACUGAGAUCUCGCCUUCUACCCAACUCCUUCUCGACAAAAUCCACAAGCUCUUCAACGAAGUUCAACAGGAAGCUCGACGAGAGCAAGGCUCGGUGGGAGCGGCGCGACUCCGAGUGCCGAGCCGCACGGGCGCAGCGGGUCGCUGCCGUUGAGUCCCGCGUCGACAUUCCCAAGCGGAUCCCUGCUGCACAGUUAGAUGGCGUGGUGGUCGCCGACAACUGGGGUGGGCUGUUCGAGCAGCCCGCCGACUUCCUCGAGGUGCCCGACCUUGAUCUCUCUGACGCACCGGUGGUUGCUGACAACUGGGGUGGGCUCUUCGACGGGGGCAACUACUUCUCCACCUGCUCCUCCUCCGCCUCGGUCACGCCCGCACCUUCCGCCACCACCUCGGUAGUCCAGAGCACCACAGAGUUCGCGCAGGCCAUCCAGAAGACGCAGGUCGCGCAGCAGGAGGCCGAGCACUCCAGGGUCCUCUUCGCGCACGCCGAGCAAGAGAGGCGCACCACUGGGCCGUUCCUCAAGGAGAGCACAACAGCGGACGCCGCGGACCCCGCACGGCUUGACUCGUCCUCCCUCGCGCCGCUGCAGCCGCAGGCUGACGAGGCGGGAGCGUCCGAGUCAGAGGCCGCGGCUCCUCCAUCCGUCGUCGACGAGCCGUACCGCGACGCCGCUGCGGGGGUGGAAUCCUCGAGCACGGGCGUCAACCUCGGCCUUCAGCAAGUCGCCAAGGUGCUUGCGCCGCUGGAGUACCACGAGAUGGCCCCAACGGCCACGCGCCUCGGCGUCAUGGCGUCUGACGCGACAUGCCUUGGAGCACUCACCAUCUUCGCCGACCCCUCUGCGUACAUCCUCGCCGUCAAGCCAUCACAGCUCUCCGUGUCUGGUGUCGUCGGGCACGCCGUCACCAUCAGCCACAUCCCUAAGUCGUACCACUCCGUCCUCGACUUCGCCUAA